AUGCACUUUACAAUCCGUGGGGCACCAAGCAGCCUGGUCCCUAGCUGCACCGGGACAGCUUCAUGCCUGCUCCUCUACACAGAGACCUUGAGGUCUCGCGAAGUCUGGGGCUUCCAAGCCGAAAUGCACAGGUCCUUGCGUCCUUGGGCUGCAUUGGGUCAUGUCACGGUAUGGAUGCAGCAAUUUUUGGCCCUUGCGGCGAUUCACCUUGCAGCCGGCGGAAAAAGCCCUGCGGACAUCAAAGCGCGAGUCGAAGAAGGUCAGGGUGUGCCAUUCUUUGACGAGCGCUUCAGCUGCCGCGAGGAUGGAGGGGCCUGGACGGCCUUCCGCGAACUCGUUGAGUAUGGACGACUGCGAGUCUUUGAUCCGGAGGAAGGGGAAGAAUUGGCGAAAGAACUGCUUCUGUCGAUGGCGGACCGCACUUCCAACAUAUCUUUGAUUUUGCAAUGCAAUGUUGGAGUGAUUGCUGGGUACCACUUACUGGCCAGACGAUAUGUCGCAGCUGGGGAUGACUGGAGGGCGUAUCGCUUGCUUCAGCUGGCAUUGAUCUAUGUUUUUACCUUGAGAAACGCCUUGAGAGUGCCAGUGGAUGCUGCGAGAGAUUGGGCCACUCGCACGGACCUCAUUGUGUCCGAGAUUAAGAUCCUCAAGGAGCGAUUGCAGCAGGAGCAGCAACGGCGGUAUCUUCGGUUGCCACACGUUGAUCCGAGUCUGCGCAUUGAAACAAUGCGUAUUGCUGUUGUCUCCAUUUGUGCGUAUCCUCCAGAACACCCUUUGGUGUUGCGAAAUAUCACUCCAGAAAAUCGACGUAGUUACGGAAGGUUGCACGGCUAUGAUGUGCACGUGCACUAUGAUCAUCCUAUGCCAGAGAAAGGAGUGCACAUUCAACAUUCCAAAUUGCAGCUCGUUGCAGACUACCUACGUUCUGGUCUCUACGAUUGGGUCGCAUGGUUCGAUUGUGAUUCCAUCAUCACAAAUUUGAACCGAACAUUGGACUCGAUCAUCUUCAAAUAUGCCAGACGCGAUGCCAGGUUCACGUCGGAGCGAAAAACAACCAGCAACUCAUCAGGGUAUGACACCUUUGGAGGACAUGAUGCAGGGACAGAGCCUUUGGAAGAUGAAGUGCUGGAGUCAUUUGUGGGCCACGUUGGGAGCUGCAACAGUGACGAUGGCUGCUUUCUGUCAACAACUGUCAGGGUGAACCCUCAAGCGCACUAUGUGGCAACUCUGCGGGUGGCACAGAUUGAUAUGGCGGAGGAUAGUGAGAGGCUUUCGUUCGUGACCAUCGGGGGUCAAGACAUGGGUGAGUGCAACCCAAAGCCUGACAGUGACUACGAUUGUCGGCUGCAUCACUGCUUCACAGUAGAAGUGCCCGAAGAAGCUGUUGCCACUGGCAGAGUCACACUGGAAGCAAGAGCUGUUCGCACCAACAACGACUGUCAUUGCAGCCGCAUCCAUGGCAUUUGCUAUUCGGCUGCGAUCGCUGCGUUGGAGGAAGCAGCCGAAGGUGAAAAGGUAACAGAUCCCCGCUACGGAGCCUUCUUGGUGCUCACCUUGACGCCCGUCGCUGCAAAUUCCUCGAGGCAACCUGAGCCUGCAGAGAUUGAGCCGAAUCAAGAAGAGGCCGAGACAGGUGUCGGCUGUAGCUGUCAACAGCCGCCUAUGACAUGCAGCAGGGCCCCCUUUGACUUGAGUAUGUGGCCUAUGUCUGAAGGGGCCCAGCCAGCUGCAUUGCGGAGACGUGGUGCCGAAUGUGCUGACCCUGACGUUCUACUUGGAAUCUCGGUUUCGCUCCCGCUCUGUUUGCAGCUGUGUCGAGAAGUACCCGGCUGUCGCUUUGUAGCCUAUGGGGUCGGAAGGAAGCGAGGACGAUGUCACUGGGAAGUUGGUGAUUGCCUCGAAUUUGAGGAUGACUUCUACAUGGUCUACGACGUGGCACCCACCUUGGCUGCUUCUCCUGCCUCCCGCACGGCCCACCUGGGAUGCUCCACACGUUGUGCGUUGGUGGCGGAGGAGGAGAACAACCUUCCAGAGCAAGGUGUUGACCUUUUGAUCACUGAAGAAGGAUGGGGGCUCAGUUCGGCCAAUUGGCUGAUUCGCGCCAGUGAUUGGAGCAUUGACUUCCUGGAGCGUGCCUUCCUUCUGUGCCACGCUGACAUGCCUCUCUUUGGAGAUCAGGAUGCCAUGAUUCAUUUGUUGCUCAACCCGGGCUCUUUAUCCUUCGACGCUGGUGAUUCUUUGGAUCCCCAUGCUGUGAUCGUUCCGCAGCGGGAGUUGAACGCCUAUGAUGCGCUCAAUGCUCACUUCAUGGGUUGCGAUGCUUUUGAGGAGGGCGACCUCUUGGUGACAUUUCCUGGCUGCAAAGACCCAGCCGCAUGCAACCCUCUGUUCGAGCUGGCGGCAGCAUACUCCAACGGUUCCUUUUCUUUGGAGCACGAGACUGCGCGCUCGGCUGCGAGCAUUCGACUCUUUGGGCCUCUGGAGCUGGCCGCAGAACUCUACCGUGCAUCACGGCGCUGAUGGCUGUGGCCGCGCCGCUGGCCAUGGCAAGCCAAAAGAUGGCUGGAAAGAUCCCAAGCAUAGACUUUGUGGCAGUUUCUUGCAGAGAUUCACUUGAUUCACA